UCUACGACAAUCUCGGACCUUUUCUUCGUCUGUCUCUCUCUACACUGUAACUUCAUCCAUUUUUUUCCAACUUCAGUCGCGUGUAAUGAUGAUCAAUUAGUGUUGCUUGUUCCAUCGGAUCUUCUUCUUCGCUCAGCCACCUUUUUCAACUCCUCACCGACUUCACUCUGAGAGAGAUCUCGCUCUCCGACUAAGGAUUAAGGAAUAAUGAUCGCUGACGCCGUUUCCAAUCCCGUUAAUAAUCUAUUCUCAUCCGACCACAAAAGGGAUGCAUAUGGAUUUUCUGUGAGGCCUCAGCAUGUGCAACAAUACCGAGAACAUGUUAAUAUCUACAAGGAGGAAGAAGAGGAGAGGUCGGCCAGGUGGAACAAAUUCCUGAAAGAUCAUGCAGAAUCUGGCAUGUCACCUGUGAAUGGAUCUUCUGAAAAUUAUCAUGUACAUCCAAGUGAGAGCGACAAGAAAAAACAAGAGGAACUAAACAAGAGAACCCAAGGAAAAGAUUUGUAUACUGAAAAGCCAGGUUCUGAUUUAACUCCUGGAAAUAAGAGAGAGGGAAAUGAAGUUCUCAAUGGAGAGAAGAAUGGGCACAAAGUUCAGUUAUGGACCGAGAUCAGACCAUCUCUUCAAGCAAUUGAGGAAUUGAUGAGUGUCCGUAUCAAGAUGAAGGAAGAGUCCUCAAACGGCUACCAAGAACUUCAGAAAUUAAAUUCUUUACCUUCAACUGAUGCGACCAAAUUUUCGGAGGGAGUAACUGAGAAUGAUUCUGAAGACGAGUUCUAUGAUGUGGAGAGAUCAGAUCUAAUUCAGGAUGGUUCUUCAGAUGGUACAAGUGUCUCCAGCAUGUCUGCUAAUGUUGAUGCAACCUCCCUAGUAUCUGCAUGCCCCUGGAAAGAAGAACUUGAAGUCCUUGUUCGUGGCGGUGCACCUAUGGCUCUGAGGGGUGAGCUCUGGCAAGCAUUUGUGGGAGUUAAGAAACGUCGGGUCAAGAAUUAUUACCAAAAUCUACUAGCUGCUGAUAGUCUAGGAAACGACAUAGAGCAGGAGCACAUGCAGCAUGCAGAUGAGAAAGGUUCAAGUACAGACCCCCUCGCUGCUGUGGAAAAAUGGAAAGGACAGAUAGAAAAGGAUUUACCCCGGACAUUUCCAGGUCAUCCUGCCCUAGAUGAUGAUUUCAGAAAUGCUCUGCGGCGGUUGCUAACUGCCUAUGCUAGACAUAAUCCCUCUGUUGGAUACUGCCAGGCCAUGAAUUUCUUCGCUGCACUUUUAUUACUUCUGAUGCCCGAAGAGAAUGCCUUUUGGUCGCUAAUAGGCAUCAUUGAUGACUACUUCAAUAAUUAUUAUUCAGAAGAGAUGAUCGAGUCCCAGGUCGACCAACGAGUCCUGGAGGAGUUAAUUGGAGAGAGAUUCCCUAAAUUGGUUCAGCAUCUAGAUUUUCUUGGAGUGCAGGUGGCUUGUGUUACAGGGCCAUGGUUUCUUUCCAUCUUCAUUAAUAUGCUUCCAUGGGAAAGUGUUCUCAGAGUGUGGGAUGUGCUUCUAUUUGAAGGAAAUCGUGUUAUGCUUUUCAGAACAGCUCUUGCAUUGAUGGAGUUUUAUGGUCCUGCAUUGGUUACAACCAAGGACACUGGAGAUGCUGUUACUUUGUUACAAUCAAUGACUGGUUCCACAUUUGAUAGCAGCCAGCUCGUUUUCACUGCUUCCAUGGGUUACCAAAAUGUAAAUGAAAGUAGAUUGCAGGAAUUAAGAAGUAAACACAGACCAACUGUGAUAGCUGCAUACGAGGAAAGAUUAAAGGAUCUUCAAGCUUGGAGGGAUUCGAAAGACCAGGCAUCCAAAUUGCGUAGUUCUAAGCAAGACCCAAAAUCUGUUUUAGUGGAUUCUAGCAAAGCCUCGUUGUCAAAUGGGAGUUUAUCUCGUUCCGAAUCAGGAUCCAGUUAUGCAGACGAAGUCUUUAUUAGCCUAACUGGGAAUGGGGACAUAGAUUGUUUUCAAGAUCUUCAACAACAGGUUCUUUGGUUGAAGGGUGAACUUCACAAGUUGCUUGACGAAAAAAGAUCAACUGUACUAAGAGCUGAAGAGUUGCAGGUAGCUCUCAUGGAGAUGGUCAAACAAGACAAUCGGCGUCAACUGAAUGCUAAGAUUGAGCAAUUAGAGCAAGAGGUGACAGAGCUGCGAAGACUUGUUUCUGAUAAGAGGGAGCAAGAAGGUGCUAUGAUACAGGCCUUGAUGCGAAUGGAGCAAGAGCAUAAAGUAGCAGAAGAUUCACGGAGACUUGCUGAGCAGGAUGCAGUAGCUCAGAGAUGUGCUGCUGAAGUGCUUCAGGAAAAGUAUGAGGAAGCUGUUGCUGCACUCGCUGAGAUGGAGGAGAGGGCAGUAAUGGCAGAAUCCAUGUUGGAGGCAACUUUGCAGUAUCAAUCUGGCCAAGUUAAAGCACAACCUACACCACGGCAACUGAAGCAAGAUUUGCCGGUCAUGAACACUACACAUGAAAAACCUAAAGAGCAAGUUAACGAUGAGAAGCCAUCAACAGGAAAAAACACAAAUUACAUAGCAGAAGAAAAUGACACGAAGUUCCAAGACACUGCGACACUCUGUUAGGUAUAUAAUUAUACAUAUUGCCAAUUAGAUUCUCGACAUAACUAGUAGAUAUAUUGAAUUACGUAAUUCCUUUGGUAAGCAUAGAAACAAUUUGUUGCCAAGUCAACCUCUGUUUGUAUGAGAAAGAGUUUUCAACUAUCUAUAGUGGACCUGGAUCCACAAGAAAAAUCAACUAUAUAAUAUAUGUAUCAAUUAAUCAUA